CAAGAUGAAGACGGUGUUCAUGGUUGCAGAGAAGCCAUCCUUGGCCCAGUCCAUUGCCAAAAUCCUCUCUAGAGGCAGCAUGUCUUCACAUAAAGGGCUGAACGGAGCAUGCUCAGUCCAUGAGUACAGCGGAACCUUUGCUGGCCAGCCUGUCCACUUCAAGAUGACGUCUGUGUGUGGCCAUGUGAUGACCCUGGAUUUCCUGGGGAAAUACAACAAGUGGGACAAGGUAGACCCUGCUGAGCUGUUCAGCCAAGCACCAACAGAGAAGAAGGAAGCGAACCCCAAGCUGAACAUGGUGAAGUUCCUACAGGUGGAGGCCCAGGGCUGUGACUACAUCGUGUUGUGGCUGGACUGUGACAAAGAAGGCGAGAACAUCUGCUUUGAGGUUCUGGAUGCUGUGCUGCCUGUGAUGAAUAAGGCACAUGGUAGUGAGAAGACAGUGUUCCGGGCCAGAUUUAGCUCCAUCACAGACAAGGACAUCUGCAGUGCCAUGGCCCGCCUGGGCGAGCCCGAUCACAAUGAGGCACUCUCAGUGGAUGCCCGCCAGGAGCUGGACCUGCGCAUUGGCUGUGCAUUCACCAGGUUCCAGACGAAAUACUUCCAGGGGAAAUACGGUGACUUGGACAGUUCCCUCAUCUCCUUUGGGCCAUGUCAGACCCCCACCCUGGGCUUCUGCGUGGAGAGACACGAUAAAAUCCAGUCCUUCAAGCCAGAGACUUACUGGGUGCUGCAGGCCAAGGUGAUUGCAAAUAAAGACAGAACUCUUCUUCUAGACUGGGAUCGGGUGAGAGUGUUUGACCGGGAGAUUGCACAGAUGUUCUUGAACAUAACGAAGCAGGAGAAGGAAGCCCAGGUGGAGGCCACAAGUAGGAAGGAGAAGGCUAAGCAGAGGCCACUGGCCUUGAAUACUGUGGAGAUGCUGCGGGUGGCCAGCUCAUCCCUGGGCAUGGGGCCACAGCACGCCAUGCAGACUGCAGAGCGCCUCUACACACAGGGCUAUAUUAGCUACCCACGCACCGAGACGACCCACUACCCUGAGAACUUCGACCUCAAAGGCCCUUUGCAACAGCAGGCCAACCACCCAUACUGGGCCAACACGGUGAAGCAGCUUCUGGCAGGAGGGAUCAACCGCCCACGGAAGGGCCAUGAUGCUGGAGACCACCCUCCCAUCACCCCGAUGAAGGCAACCACAGAGGCCGAGUUAGGGGGUGAUGCCUGGCGCUUGUAUGAGUAUAUCACUCGCCACUUCAUUGCCACGGUUAGCUAUGAUUGCAAGUACCUGCAGAGCACCAUUGCCUUCCGCAUAGGACCUGAACUGUUCACCUGUUCCGGGAGGACCGUCCUUUCCCCAGGUUUUACAGAGAUCAUGCCCUGGCAGAGUGUGCCCCUGGAGGAGAGCCUGCCCACCUGCCAGCGUGGGGACGCCUUCCCGGUCAGUGAGGUGAAGAUGCUGGAGAAGCAGACAAGCCCACCUGACUACUUGACAGAGGCCGAGCUCAUCACGCUCAUGGAGAAACACGGCAUUGGAACGGAUGCCAGCAUCCCCGUGCACAUCAACAACAUCUGCCAGCGGAACUACGUCACUGUGGAGAGUGGGCGCCGGCUCAAGCCCACCAACCUUGGCAUCGUCCUGGUGCAUGGCUACUACAAGAUCGAUGUGGAGCUGGUACUCCCCACCAUCCGCAGUGCUGUGGAGAAGCAGCUGAACAUGAUUGCACAGGGCAGGGCUGACUACCACCAGGUGCUCGAGCACACCCUAGACAUCUUUAAGAGGAAGUUCCACUACUUCGUUGACUCCAUUGCUGGCAUGGAUGAGCUAAUGGAGGUGUCCUUCUCACCCCUGGCUGCCACAGGCAAACCCCUCUCUCGCUGUGGAAAGUGUCACCGGUUCAUGAAGUACAUCCAGGCCAAGCCCAGCCGCCUGCACUGCUCACACUGUGACGACACCUACACCUUGCCCCAGAAUGGCAGCAUCAAGCUGUACAAAGAACUACGGUGCCCACUGGAUGACUUCGAACUGGUCCUGUGGUCAUCAGGCUCGCGGGGCAAGAGCUAUCCCUUGUGUCCUUACUGCUACAACCGCCCACCCUUCCGGGACAUGAAGAAAGGCAUGGGCUGCAAUGAGUGCACACACCCCACUUGCCAGCACUCACUGAGCAUGCAGGGUGUUGGGCAGUGUGUGGAGUGCGAGAACGGUGUGCUGGUGCUGGACCCCACCUCUGGCCCCAAGUGGAAGGUGGCCUGCAACAGGUGCAAUGUAGUGGCCCGCUGCUUCGAAAAUGCCCACCGAGUGCGAGUGGCUGCCGAUACCUGUGGGGUCUGCGAGGCUGCCCUGCUGGAUGUGGACUUCAACAAGGCAAAGUCCCCACUGCCUGGUGGUGAGACCCAGCACACAGGCUGUGUCUUCUGUGACCCCAUCUUCCAGGAGCUGGUGGAGUUGAAGCAUGCGGCAGCCUGCCAUCCCAUGCACCGCUGUGGCCCUGGCCGCAGGCAAGGCCGAGGGCGUGGCCGAGGGCGUCGACCAUUUGGGAAGCCCAGCACCCGAAGGCCAAAGGACAAGAUGUCCGCCCUCGCGGCCUACUUUGUGUGAAG